CCUCUUUCCUCAGACCAAAGCAGAUUCAAGGAACAUGCUUAGAGAACAGUCAAGGUUCUCCAUAUUCUCUCUCAUUUCACCCUCUUAAACUACCAACUAUUCAUCUGAACAGGGUUUACCUAGCAUCAAAGAUAUCAUCUUUAUAAACAAUCAACUGAUUUCACAGACUUUUCUGUUAGAAAUUCUUUGUGGGGUUCUGUUAAAAAUGUCAACUUUCCCUGAUACGGUGUCCGAUGGCCGGAGGUCCGGCAAGGCUCCGGAGAAGUCCAAUUUCUCACAAACUUGCAGCCUCUUGAGCCAGUUCUUGAAGGAGAAGAGAAGUUCUGGAGCUUCUACCCAUGGAAUUGGUGGGAAAAUGGAGCAUAGAGCUAGUAGGAAGGAUUUGUUAGCCAACCAGCAAAACUCAGAUGGGGCUUUGAAACUAAAUGCUUCAGCUAUGGAUUUUCUUCCCCAGCUUGUGGAAAAUCCCUGCAUUAAGAAGUCCAAUGUUAGGUCACCGGGGCAAGAAGAAUCUCCCCAAUUGACAAUAUUCUAUGCCGGAAAAAUGCUUGUAUUUGAUGCCUUUCUACCUGAGAAGGCAACGGAGGUCAUGGAAUUAGCCACCAAGUUAGCCUCUGACAAUUCCAGCACCGCAGAAAGUCCCCCAAAUGUUACAAUUUCUACUGAAAAAUUGAAUUCAUCCAAAGUGCCUCAGACAAACACUACCUCAGAAACCCCUAAACCAGGAAACCAAGUUGGUUCAGAUAUGAGGUAUCCAAGGAGAGCUUCACUCCUAAAAUUCCUUGAGAAAAGAAAAGAAAGGGUCAUUGCUAGAGGACCUUACCAAAUUAACAACAACAACCCCAAGCGUGAGGGAAGCAGUUCAGGAGGUGAACCUGAAGAUCAGUGUUCCGAACACUUUGACCUUAACUUGUAGUGGUUUAGUUCGUCAUGAAUUUAGGAUAUACAGGCUCUUUGCAAGCCAAAAGCUCCUCCUCCUAACUAUAUCAUUGUAGGCCUUUUGCAGAUUAUUGGGGCCUUCAUGCAUAUUUAUCAUAUAUAGGUAUAUAUAUUUGUAUUUAUUAUUUUAUCUAUUAGGGCCAACGCUGUGGACCAAACCAUAGAAAAUGUAGCCUUAUUACUGAGAUUGAUUCGGUACAGAAAAUUUCCAAGUAUUUUG